UUUACUUCUUCAUAUUUUGAAACCCCUAAAUGAAAAUUUCAACUCCGCCAUUGAAUAUGACAGAAUGAAUGAAGAAAAGUAUUUUUUUUUUUUCAAAAUCAUGAAGACCAAAAGGUAAAUUUCAUUGCUAUUUAAUGUCUCAAAACCACAUGUUAUAAGCCAUACCAUUUUCCUACUAAUUUUUGCACUAAUGAAGAAAGCUUUCUGUUCUUUUCUCUUAAUAGUACUCUUGUUGCUUUACUAUGUUAUGGCUUGUUUCUCCAUGACCCAAACCAACACUACCACUGAUCAAUUGGCUCUUCUGUCCUUAAAAUCUCAAAUCAUUUCCGACCCCUCUCACUUCUUGUAUAAAAACUGGUCUCCUGCUAUUUCUGUUUGUCAUUGGGUUAGAGUCACUUGUGGUUCUCGUCACCAACGAGUGAAGUCCUUGAAUCUUUCUAACAUGGCUCUUACAGGCAGGAUUCCCCAGGAAUUUGGAAACCUCUCAUUUCUCGUUUCUCUUGACUUGGGAAGCAACAAUUUCCAGGGAAAUUUGCCUCAAGAAAUGGCACGCUUGCGUCGGCUUAAGUUUCUUGAUUUAAGUGUCAACAACUUUAGAGGGAAGGUUCCUUCUUGGUUUGGAUUCUUACAUCAACUUCAAGUUCUAAAUCUUGGAAAUAAUAGUUUCACUGGUUCCAUCCCAUCUUCAUUUUCUAAUAUGUCCACACUUGAGACUUUGAAUCUGGAUUUUAAUUCCAUAGAGGGCCAAAUACCAAAAUUGAUUGGAAGCCUUAUAAACCUUAGAGAACUAAGCUUGUAUGGAAACAAUCUCAUAGGCUCUAUUCCUCCAUCAAUCUCGAAUGCCUCAAGGUUGGAGAUGUUAGAAUUAUCUAAUAAUUCACUUCAAGGAAACAUCCCAGAAGGGAUCGGCAAUCUUCACAACAUGAACUGGUUGUCCAUACAAUAUAAUCAACUUACGGGUUCCAUACCAUUCACAAUUUUCAAUAUUUCUAGGAUCGAAGUCAUUGCAUUUACUGGCAAUAUCUUAUCAGGAAGUCUUCCCAAUGGUUUAUGCAAUGGUCUCCCAAUACUCAAAGGGCUUUAUUUAUGGACAAACAAGCUUCACGGUCAUAUGCCUACAAGUUUGUCGAAUUGUUCACAACUUCAAAUUUUGUCUUUUUCGGAUAAUGAGUUUGAUGGACCAAUACAUAGUGAAAUUGGAAGAUUGAGUAACUUGCAGAUAUUAGAACUCGGAACUAACCAUUUCGCUGGUACGUUCCAUCUUAUGAAUACUAGCACUAUUGUAUCUUAUUACUUCAGAAUUUUAUUUUAUUACACAUUAAUUUCAGGGAUAAUUCCACGAGAAAUUGGAAAUCUUGUUAAUUUGGUAGAGUUAGCCAUGGAGUAUAAUCAGAUUACCGGCUUUGUCCCGAUCUCCAUAUUAAAUAUCUCAUCACUGCAAAUUUUGUCACUGUCGAGAAACAAUCUUAGUGGAUUCUUACCACGGGAGAUUGGCAACUUAACCAAGAUGCAACAUCUACAGAUUAGUGGAAAUAAGCUUAUAGGUGAAAUACCCAAAGAAAUAAGCAAUCUCAUUGAGUUGGAGGAACUUAAUCUUCAGAAUAAUAGAUUCAGUGGUCCACUUCCAAUGGAGACCUUCAACAUAUCAGGGCUGAGAGAGAUUUCUCUUACAAGCAAUAAUCUAUCAGGAAGCCUCCCACCAAACUUGUGUUCUAACUUACCCAACAUUGAAGUGCUUUAUCUGGCCAACUUAACCAAUCUUGUUGGGACUAUUCCUCAUUCUAUCUCCAAUUGUUCAAAACUUGCAAUUCUUGAGCUUUCAAACAACAAACUCACUGGCUUGAUUCCCAACUCACUUGGAUAUUUGACUCAUCUACAAAUCCUAAACUUGGGGUCAAACAAUUUAACCAGCCACUCGUUGUUAAGCUUUCUGACUUCCUUAACCAAUUGCCGAAAUUUAACACAUCUUGAUAUAUCUUUCAACCCUCUAAAUGACAUGCUUCCGACCUCUACAGGGAACCUUUCCACAUCUCUUAGAACAUUUUUCGCCAUCAGUUGUAAAAUCCAAGGGCGAAUUCCAGAUGAAGUUGAGAACUUAAGCAGCUUAUUAGACCUUAGACUUUCUAGAAACAACUUGGUUGGAUCGAUUCCCACAACAAUGGGAAACUUGAGAAAUCUUCAGCACUUCGACUUGACUAAUAACAAAUUAACAGGAUUUAUUGGAGAUCAUAUAUGUAAAUUGCAGCAUUUGGGUGAUAUUUACUUGGGUCAAAAUCAAUUUUCAGGAUCUCUUCCUAAUUGUUUAGGGAAUAAUACUUCCCUUAGGGAGAUACAUUUGGGUUCCAACAAAUUGAGUUUCAAUAUACCACCAAGCUUAGGGAACCUUAAAGAUCUAGUGGUUCUUGACUUAUCAUCAAACAAGAUGGUAGGUUUUUUACCUCCAGAAAUUGGAAAUCUAAAGGCUGCAACACUGAUAGAUCUGUCAAUGAAUCAAUUUUCAAAUGAAAUUCCUAGAAAAAUUGGAGGAUUGCAAACUCUGGUGCACCUUUCUUUGAAACAUAACAAAUUGCAAGGACCUAUACCUGACUCAGUGAGCAACAUGGUAGGUUUGGAAUUCCUAGACAUUUCUCAUAACAAUAUAUCUGGAAUCAUUCCUAUGUCUUUGGAGAAACUUCAAAACCUGAAAUAUUUCAAUGUUUCUGUCAACAAGUUGUAUGGUGAAAUACCCUCGAAUGGUCCGUUCAAGAACCUCUCGAGUCAGUUUUUCAUCUACAAUGAAGCAUUGUGUGGUUCUUUAAGGUUUAGUGUCCCUCCAUGCCCCACUUCAUCAAAGCAUAGAUCUAAUAGGACAAAAGUGCUUGCUGUUGUUCUUUUGCUGGGAAUUGCACUAGUAAUUGUUCCUAGCGUCUUUGUGUUUUUAUGGAAAAGGUAUAGAAGAGGUAAAAGAGCUCCUCAACAACCUGAUUCAUUGGCUUCCAUAACAAGAGAAAGAAUUUCAUACUAUGAACUGCUCCAAGCAACUGAUGCGCUUAGCGAGAGUAAUCGGAUUGGUUCCGGAAGUUUUGGCUCUGUUUACAAAGGUGUUCUCAGAAGUGGAACUGCCAUUGCAGUCAAAGUGUUCAAUCUGCAACUAGAUGCGGCAUUCAAGAGCUUUGAUACAGAAUGUGAAGUUCUGCGCAGCCUUCACCAUAGGAAUCUCGUAAAAGUCAUUACUAGUUGUUCCAACCUUGAUUUUAAGGCUUUAGUGCUUGAGUAUAUGCCAAAUGGAAGUCUUGAAAAGUAUUUGUAUUCACACAACUACUUUCUCGACAUCAGGCAGAGACUAAGCAUAAUGAUAGAUGUGGCAUGUGCAUUGGAGUAUCUACAUCAUAGGUGUUCGUCAGCUGUGAUUCACUGUGAUCUAAAGCCUAGUAAUGUCUUGCUGGAUGAGGACAUGGUUGCCCACCUAAGCGACUUUGGCAUUUCAAAACUACUUGGUGAAGAUGAGAGUGAUUUAUAUACUGAAACUUUAGCAACAUUGGGAUAUAUUGCACCGGAGUAUGGACUUGAUGGACUAGUGUCAACAAAGUGUGACAUCUAUAGUUAUGGGAUCAUGUUGCUGGAAACAUUUACUAGGAGAAAGCCUAAUGAGUUUGAGGGUGAUCUUAGCUUGAAGCAAUGGGUGAGUUCCUCACUUCCAGAUGCAGUAAUGGACGUCGUAGAUGCCAACUUGUUGGCAUCAACUGGCAAUCGCUUACAGAAGGAGCUAGAUGUUGUGGCAUCAAUCAUGAAAGUAGCAUUAGAUUGUUGUGCUGAAUCUCCGGCAAGAAGGACUAACAUGGAAGAUGUUGUAGGAAUGCUACAGAAGAUCAAUAUUCAACUUCUUGCAUGUUGAACAUUGUUGCAAAUUUUUCUAAUGGUUCUCUUUUAUCUUUUAGCACUUGAUUUGUGCAUGAUUCUGUUUUCAGAAAUUCUAGCUGGUUGCAAUAAAUCUGACUGUUUCCUUUUGA